AGUUGUCCUAGGUAUGCAACAUGGUUGGCGGCAGGGAAGCGCGGUGACUGUACCUUAUACAGCAGGUGUCCUGGAACAUAUCCCAACCAUUUGAACCGCUUUGUAUGUUUACCUCUAUAACUUUGAUACAGUCAAAUGUCGGAAUAGUGAAACCUUGCGCAGUUCGGCAUAGUUAGACUAUCAAGCGACGGUUGAGCGUGUAUCUUUCCUUCCUGCUUUCCGCCUUGCCCCUGGGGCUCACAUGCGAUGGCACAAGAUGAUGUGAACACAAUCCAUCAGGCAGUGACCGAUUGGCAUGAGAAGCUGCUGUCGCUUCCGGCUAUGCACGGCGUCUUGCUCCACGGACCGCGUCAGGCGCCCCCGCCCGAGGAACGCGGCGCAGCUGUCGCCUUAGCGGCCCAGCACUUAGCUACAUGUCUAGAGGACAAAAAUUUACCUGAUGGACUGAUCAACGACUUGCUAAGCGUCUGUGAGACGUUCACCGCACUGUGCGGCGUCUCAUUACCAAACAACUCGCUGGGAGCGCUCUCCUCCCCCGCCCAUGGGGCCCUCUGGGUGGGGUGGGGCAGCAACCGACCACUCAAGGCCGCCAAGGUAAAACUGCUCAAGGCCGCUACGGGACUGCCCGUACACACCACCUCGAUAGGCAGACGGGCGUCAGCCAGCUACUGCGUAUAUGAGAGCAUGGGCGGGUGGGAGACGUUGUCGGCGGCCGUUGAGAGCCUCUACAACCGAAUGCGCAACGACCAACGGUGCGAGGUGAUGUUUGCGGACGCCAACGAACAGAACCUCAAGACACACACGUUGGAGUUCCUGACUUGCGCCUUGGGCGGCAAGGCCCGCUUCGCCUCCUCCACCCUGUUGACCAGUCAGAGGGACCAGCUCCGGAACCACGGGUUCGGCGCGGGGCAAUUCGAUGCGCUGCUGCAGCACAUGAAGGCGGUUAUGGACGAGCUGGGCAUCCAUCCUGAGGUCGCCGCCUCCGCCAUUGCCCUGCUGCGCUGUCACAAGUACAUGUUUGAGAAGCGGCCCUCCGACGACGGGGAGGAGGAGGCGGAAGAGGAGCUGUCGCCCACACCCACCUCCGCAUCCUCACCCACAGCGGAGGCCUCCGGAUAG